GAUUUUAGAAAGAGUUUAGGAAGCGCGAGCUGUCACACGGGGCGGCGAGUCUGGGAUUGCGGAGCAUCGCGCGAUGUAUCGUCUGACGUGAAUAACGGGCUUUUGACACUUGAAACGUCUCGAUCGAGGGAAAAAAUUCCGAUGGUAUGACAGUCGGUUUUCAUAAGGUAUUUCGUAUACCUUUAAUAAUAACAACAUUAUAGACUGCAUUCUUGUUUGUCGUAUCUUGUCCGGAUACUGCGCGUUGCAACAAGUGGAAUUUGGUGCGCAAGCCACGAUCCAGUUGUCCCAGUCAUGGAGGAUCAAAAGGAUCAAAACAGUCGCGAUUCGACCGAGUCCGACAGCGUCUCGCUCUCACCCAACAUACCGUCUCCUCCAAUUUUACCUCACCAGGCAGCGCAGCAGGUCCACAGAACCACGAACUUUUUCAUCGACAAUAUUUUAAGGCCAGACUUCGGCUGCAAGAAAGAGCUUGGGAAUAGGGAACGGGCGCAAACCUCGGGUCGGGAGAACGUUAACCCUAUGGUGAUAAGGCCGUCGCAUACUAGCAACCUAUGCCAGGAUUCAAACUGUAGCAGUGACAGCACUUCUUCUUCGUCUUCGUCGUCUUCGCCAUCCUCAAAGCAGAGCCCAUCAAAGCGUGUCGAAGGGAAUGGAACUAGCAGGUACGGGGAGAAUACGACGGUAAUGGUGAAUGCAAACGGGGGAACUCCACCAGCUAAAGAAUCCCAACCUUUACUAUGGCCUGCCUGGGUUUACUGCACCAGGUACUCGGACAGACCUUCAUCUGGCCCAAGGACACGAAAAUUGAAAAAGAAGAAAAGCGAGAAGGAAGACAAGCGACCGAGAACCGCUUUCACGGCCGAGCAGCUACAGAGACUGAAAGCCGAGUUUCAGGCCAAUCGGUACAUAACGGAGCAGCGGAGACAGUCGCUGGCCCAGGAACUGAACCUUAAUGAGUCGCAAAUCAAAAUAUGGUUCCAAAAUAAGAGGGCCAAAAUCAAAAAGGCCACUGGUUAUAAGAACGGCCUUGCUCUUCAGCUCAUGGCUCAAGGACUUUACAACCAUUCCACGACCACAGUUCAAGACGAAAACAUUGACAGCGAGUGAAAACGACAAAUGGACGCUGACCAUGAGAAAAGUGAUUUUUUUCAUAUUUUUUAUGAAUGAAACUUUAAAGGAAACGAAUGCUUCGAAUUCUGCGAAUCGAAGAUGCGCUAUUUAAACACAUUUCUGUUUAUCAAACCUAUAUGGACAUGCAUCUAAAUACGAACAAUAUGAAAAUUUAUAUAUAGCCAAAAGUGUAAGAUGUGUAUAUUUAAUUCCAGGUAAGGGGAUUGUCUAUAUUGCUCCUUACCUGCUGAAUAUUUUUAACGUUUCUCUCCUUUCCCAAUGUGGUUGCUCACCGUUCCAGUAGGCCUAUACGUGUCAGGCUUGUUAGAGUUUUUGUGAUAGCCCUGUCUCUUAAAUCCCUUAUCUCUCACAGUUCUUCAAAUGCGUGACUGAACCAACGCUUCAAGCCAAAGAUUUUAAUAUGUUCAGAUUAUGUUGUCUGAAAUAAAAAGGUAGAAUAUGCCAUUGUUUUAUUUCCUAUAGUUACAAACUACCCGCAUAAUUGCAUAAACUGUAGCUAUUUAAACGCUACGAUGGCUUGUCAUUCCUCCAAACCCCUAAGAGAUUUUUUAAAAUAAAUGUACUACAAAAUGACAAUUUCUACGCAACAGUCAAUUACUCUAUUUUUAAACGAGAUAUCUGAAUUGUGGUUAAACUGUAAGUGCGAAAAAAAUUAUCCGUAUAUUAAAAUAAAAUUAUUUCAUGACUGAUAUUAAAAGAUGCAAUAGAUUUUUUUCCCUGAACAAAAUAUAACAAUUUUAAAUUUAUAUUUUUAAUGCAUUUAUGAUGAUUAUUGUUAUAAUUUAAAAUUAAUUCUGAUAAAAAUUAUACUGGAGCAUUUAAAUGUUUUACAUUUUUUAUAUUAUUUGAUAAUGGCUGAGGGUGAGACACGUAACCGAAAUUGCAUCUAAUAAUUUAUAGCAUUUUAAUUCCAAUUUUGUUAGCUGACUGUAUUGUGCACGCAUGCAUUCUUUAUGACGUCAGCUACCGAAUAAAGGCAAACAAUUAUGUCGUGCUUAUAUCGAGCUCAUUGUGCUCUGUGAAAAUAUCAGAUUUAGUUAAAUAUUAGACAAGCUAAAAUCCGAAUAAUCGGUAUUCUUCCUGUAUAGGCCUACGACAUUAAUCUCGUCGUUUACACGAUUCGCUAUAGGCUCAAUUCUAUUUGUCAGUAUUUGACGGACAUUUCGUGCUUAAUUACACAUUAUUUUAUUAGAGUUGAAUGAAUGUUAAUAACAAGUUAUUAAAAUUGUUUUCUCAUGUUUCUCCCAGCGAUGACAGGAAUGGUGCAAUGAGGCGCUCACAGCGUUUGCUUUCCUAUAGCAGCGUUUGCUUUCCUAUAGAAGUGUGUGUGUGUGUGUGUGUGUAGUCCGUGUCUGGGGAUCAAAGUGGAGAUUUAGGAAACUUCCCCAGCGGGGUUAAAAGGUCAAGUUAAGCAGUCAAAACAAAACCAGGGGUAAUCCUAAAUACUACAGUACUUAUUUUAACACAGCACACGUUUCAAAAUAUAAAAUUAUAAGCAGACAAUCAAUAAAUAAAAUGUUGCCGUCCUGUAAAUUGUGUUUUUUUAUAAAUGUGUAAAAGGAAUUUAUAAAGAAAUAUGUAUAGUUAACAUUAGAUUUAAAGUGACACGCCAGCUUUUUAAAACUUUGUAUGCAAUGUCCUCUGUGGGCAUUUCCACUGCGUCAGCGGAUCUUAGAGCAAAUAAUAGUAUAUUAACAUUACACAUAAGCUUUUUAACAUCACCAGAUGCUAGUUCUUUCAAUAUAACACAAUAUUUUGUUUCCUGUACAGUUUAGCCUAUUUUAAUUAUAUUUUGGGCAAAAAAAGACAACGGCUGUUGUUGUUUAAAAGAGACGUAAUAUGUUGUUAGUUGUUAUCAUUUUAGGGAACCAUUUUUAGAUUUACCAUAUACUAAAAUAUAUUAUAACAUAGCCUACAUCAGACUCCCCUUUAUCAUUAGCAUAGGUUGUACUUAAACACGAUCGACAAUUGUUGCACGUGUUUACCGCUUUUUGGUUAAAUUUAGUUUUUAGUGAACCAUUUAUAGCAAGCUAACAAUGAUGUGAGAAUUGGAUCAGAAAGCUACAGCUUGGAUAUUCU